AAAAUUUUGAAAGUUCUGUGAUUUUUAAAUGCCACUAUGACAUUAUAAUUAUUCAUAAAAUAAAACCAUCCAAAAAUAAUGGGUUCCAGUUCAAGCCAAACCCGUAAAUUCACCGUAGAAAACGACGAAGUCCCGGCGAGCGUCAUCAAAGUAUCAGAAAACGUGGCGAACCGUCUCCGUACCAGUUGCACUCACAUGGACGAAAUCAGCGGUACCGACAGCGAAUACUGGCACAAUCGUACCAAACACAUGGAAGAAAGUCACAGGGAAAUUAACGUAGUAAUCGAUCGGGAAUUCAAUAAGGCUCUGAACGAAGUGAAAUCGUCUCGGACCGCUGGGGAUAGCCGUAUGAAGGAAGUACCGUGCCUGGACUACGAAAGAGCCGUUCUGGAUUGCUACAGGAUGCACAAUGAGGAACCGAUGUGCUGUGCCAGAAUCGUGCAGGCGUUCCAGGAAUGCGUCGAUUUUAAACGAGUGUGCCUAUUGAAUGCAAACAAAACAGAAUCAGAAUAGAACAACUAUGGGAUUCCCCUUCAGCAAAAAUCUUGUGAACGGUACAUUACAUUCUCCAACGCUAGAUGACAAAACUGUCAAAUUCAAUUAAAUGCAAUAUCAAUAACACAGUAUUAAUGAUCCAAUAUGUUU